AUGAUUACAGGUGAAUUUGUGCCAAGAAUCAUAAAUGGGACAGUGGCGAAGCCAGGAGAGUUUCCUUAUCAAGUAUCCCUUCAACAGAUGAACACGUCGUUCCAUUUUUGUGGUGGAUCGAUUCUUAACAAAAAUUAUGUUAUAACUGCUGCCCAUUGUCUAGUGAGCAAAACUCCAAAAACCAUCAAGAUUGUUGCUGGCACAGUUGAUCUAAAGAGGCCUAUGUUGAGAAAAUUCGCAGAGAAGUUUUAUAUUCAUGAAAAGUACAAUGCCUCAGAUUCAUGGGUGAACGACAUCGCUUUGAUUAAGGUAAUAACUCCGUUCGACAAGUCUUCUCUGAUAUCUCCCGUUCCCAUGCCAUCGUCCGCAGACAUCGCUAAAGCUAAUGAUCGGGCUAUAGUUUCCGGAUUCGGCAGACUCGCGUACACACCUAUGUGCAUACGAUCCUACUGCUGUCAGAGGACAUUGCAAGCUGCGCUGAUACCGUGGUUCGAUCCAAGGAUCGUGAACGGGGAGGACGCGAAGGCAGGAGAAAUCCCGUAUCAGGUAUCCCUUCAAAACAAAGGCAGCUCGUUCCAUUUCUGCGGUGGAUCGGUUCUCAAUAAGGAUUACGUGAUUACCGCGGCUCACUGCGUCAAAGGGAAAACGGAGUCGCAGAUUCAAGUGGUCGCUGGCACAAUAAACUUGAAGGAACCAAAGUCUAUUCACAGCGUAACGAAAAUCAAGAUUCACGAGAAGUACAACUCGGCCGAUUCAUGGAUCAAUGACAUCGCGUUGCUGAAGGUCGACAGACCAUUCGUGAAGUCCAAGGAAAUAUCUUACGUCCCUCUUCCAUCCGCAAACGAGGUUAUCCACCCGAAUUCCAUAGCAACAGUCUCUGGUUGGGGUAGACUCAGGCAAGGUGGCCCUACAACCGUAUUCCUGCAACGCGUAAACAUUUUGAUCGCGAACCAAGAAUACUGUGAACACAUAUACAAGCCGCACAAUUACAACAUCUACGAGUCGCAAAUCUGCGCGUACGAUCCAAGUGUUUCGAAAGGAUCUUGCCACGGUGACUCUGGCGGCCCAUUGACCGUGAAUGGAAAAAUCGUGGGUCUUGUCUCGUGGGCUAUGGGUUGUGCCAUGACCGACUACCCCACUGUCUACACUCGUGUGUCCGCCCAUCUUAACUGGAUUAAAUCCACAGCGGUGUAA